CGAUCUUGCAGGCUGAUAAGCGACGGACGGGAGACACAGGCUGCGAACAAAACGAGCGCAUCUUUCCAAAAACUUCUCCGGUGCGCAAAGCAACGGGGGAGACAUGGAGAGGAGGACAAAUAAGUCUUUUUUGAGUGCUGCUCCGCCGACAGCCGAUGAGGAACUCGUCAUCACCUCCACUUUUGGGACCCUCCUGUCCGUCGUGUACAUCGUCGGGGUGUCCGGGAACGUGUACACGUUGGUGGUGAUGUGUCACUCCAUCCGCUUCGCGACCUCCAUGUACAUCUCCAUCAUCAACCUGGCUCUUGCUGACCUGCUCUACCUGUCCACCAUCCCUUUCGUGGUGUCCACCUACUUCCUAAAGGACUGGUACUUUGGCGACGUGGGCUGCCGCGUCCUGCUCAGCCUCGAUCUCUUCACCAUGCACGCAAGCAUCUUUACGCUGACGGUCAUGUGCUCCGAGCGCUACCUGGCCGUCACCAAGCCUCUGGACACGGUGCGCCGCUCCAAGAGUUACCGCAAAGCUCUGGCGUGGGGCGUGUGGCUCCUCUCCUUGCUCCUCACCGUGCCCAUGAUGGUCAUGGUUGCCGAGACGAGCGCCGAAUCGCCGGACGGGAAAGUGAAAAGAAUGUGCGCGCCCACAUGGGCGCCGCUCGCCUACAAAGUCUACGUGACGGUUCUGUUCGGUACCAGCAUCAUGGCGCCGGGUCUCAUUAUCGGUUACCUGUACGUCAAGCUGGCGCGCACCUAUUUGGAAUCCCAGCGCAACUCAUCGGUGAUCAGCAAAGGCGCAAAGCGCACGCCGAAACAAAAGGUGCUUCUUAUGAUCUUCACCAUCGUGUUGGUGUUCUGGGCGUGUUUUCUGCCCUUUUGGAUCUGGCAGCUGCUGCCUCUCUACCACGGCAAGCCGCUGAGCCUGGCCUCGAGGACGCACACCUGUAUCAACUACCUGGUGGCCAGCCUCACCUACAGCAACAGCUGUAUUAACCCUUUCCUCUACACGCUCCUCACGAAGAACUACAGGGAGUACCUGAAGAACAGACACAAGAGCUUCUACAGGUACACCUCAUCGUUUAAGCAGCGGCCACCCAGCCUGUAUUCUUGGGGUAGACCAGCAUCUUCCAGUAAUCAUUUGGAGUUUACGUCAGAGACGUUCGUCAUGGGGACGUUCAAGUGAUGUGGGAACCACUGGGAAGUCAAGUGGAGGGAAGGGAAGGGAGGCUUUUGAGGAAGCACAAGAGGUAGGUGGAAAAGUUGUUGCAUAGAGCCAAUGUCAAGUUGCUGCUGAGACGACUUUUCCCACUAUACAUCAUUUUCCAAACAAUGUGUGGCUAUAUUGAUGGAAAAAGAUUUGGUCAGGGAAUAACCUGAGGCACAUCCUGUUCAUGAUGUUCUUUAUGGACAAGCAACUAAUGCUCAAAUGAGUCUCACGUUUAAUUGAUAUGGUUUUAAUGAAAGAAGCUUGUUUACUUGAAUCGGCCUUAUUAAUGUAUUAUCAUCUCAAACAGACACCUGUUCUUUUAAGCAUCGAAAUACUCAAAGAGGCAUUAUUUUUAAAACAAACCUCAGAGUUUGGAUUGUCAUUGUGCAGGGAAACGUGCAAAGGGUAGUAUGGUAAAGCUAUUGUGAUAUAAUUCAGUUC